UAAGUAUUUCACAUGUAUCUUCGUCAUCGUUUGGUACAGAUAAUAUAAAAAAGCCACAUCAACAAAAAUGUUUCACACCUCACAAAAACGUGAAGGCAUAUCAUGGCCGAGGGUUUUGACAGAAGCACUUUACACCGUCUACAGAAGAACGCAAUUAGCGCCUUUAUGGAAUAUGGCCAGAAGAUUGGAAAGACACCAACUCUGAAAUGUCAGGAGACGGAAGCAAAUCUGUUGUCAGGAAAUCAAAAGUUUAUAGCCUCUGCCUGUUUAGGAGAUGAGAUUAUAUGUACGGCGGAGGCCCCAAACAAAAAAGAUGCUAAAACAAAAGCGGCUGAUAGGGCUCUUAGGCGACUACAACAAGUUACGGAUGAGGAACUGAUUACGGAGCUUACUGAGCUGGCUAUUCCUGACAAAGAUCCCGUUAGUGCCUUUAUGGAGUACGCACAGUCAAACGGACAAACUGGACAUAUCGUACAGGAUUCACAGAGAGGUCCACCACAUUGUCCAACGUUUUACAUGCAUGCCGAGCUUGGUAACCGUGUGUUCCAGAAAGUCGAGCAUGGAAACAAGAAAGAGGGAAGGAAAAAAGCAGCCAAUGUAGCUCUAUUGGAACUGCAGCGUGAAGGACGAAUACCCAAACAGGAAAAGCGUGGUUCUCUUAAAUUCUGCUUGUUUGUUAAACGUCCAUUCGAGUAUUUUCACUCUGACAUUGAGACACCACCAUUAGCUGGAGGAGGCUUUUACUCUGACAUUGAGACACCACCAUUUGCCGGUGAAGGCCUUCACUCUGAUACUGAGACACCACCAUUUGCCGGUGAAGGCCUUUACUCUGACAUUGAGACACCACCAUUUGCCGGUGGAGGCCUUUACUCUGACAUUGAGACACCACCAUUAGUCGGUGGAGGCCUUCACUCUGACAUAGAGACACCACCAUCUGCCGGUGGAGGCCUUUACUCUGACAUUGAGACACCACCAUUUGCCGGUGGAGGCCUUUACUCUGAAAUUGAGACACCACCAACUGCCGGUGGAGGCCUUUACUCUGAGAUUGAGACACCACCAUUAAUCGGGGGCCUUUACUCUGACAUUGAGACACCACCAUUUGCCGGUAAAGGCCUUUACUCUGAGAUUGAGACACCACCAUUAGCCGGUGGAGGCCUUUACUCUGAGAUUGAGACACCACCAUCUGCCGGUGGAGGCCUUUACUCUGAGAUUGAGACACCACCAUCUGCCGGUGGAGGCCUUUAUUCGGCAGUAAGGGUCAUCGAGCAGUUUUACAUGGCAGCUCGAUUGGACGAGGAACAGUUUCCAAAGGUGUCUGGAAAAAGUAAGCGAGAGGCAGAAAAUCGAGCGACUGCAGCAGCACUGAGAAACCUUAAAAAAAGUGGAAGAUAUAAAUUACAAUCGACACAGAACCCCGGAGGCAGAGUUCCACAAACAAUAGAAUCCUGGAGCGACAAAGUAGCCGCUAUAACAAUGAGGGAAUUCGAGAGAAUCGUUUCGACCUUGACAGAGGACUUGUCUGGAAGAAAGGUCAUAGCGGCCAUUUUGCUACUCGAUAAAAAUACGGACAACUUAUCUGUUGUUAGCAUUGGAACAGGAAACCGCUGUGUAACCGGAAAUAACCUCUGUGUUGACGGGAAUGUUAUUAAUGAUUCUCACGCAGAAGUCAUAGCAAAUCGAGGUUUUCGAAGGUACUUGUAUAACCAAAUUUGCCAGUUACAGUCUUCUGGGGAAAGUGACUUACUGAAAAGAGCAUCUUCCGGAAAACUUAGACUGGCGUCACACUUGUCCUUUCAUCUGUAUAUAUCUACCGCCCCCUGUGGUGAUGGGGCUGUGUUUACACAUGCGGAACCUGGUACCGAUUCACACCACGAACCUAUUUUUGACAACGGACAGCAAGGACUACUGAGGACAAAAUUGGAGAACGGAGAGGGAACCAUACCAGUUGAUGACGCUCCUCAGACUCUGGAUGGGAUCCGCCGAGGAGAACGUCUUCGUACGAUGUCAUGUAGUGACAAAAUCUGUCGCUGGAACGUUCUAGGACUCCAGGGGGCGCUUUUAUCGCUGUUUGUAGAACCGAUUUACCUCUCAUCUAUUACCUUGGGUCAGUUGUUUAGUGAUGGCCACAUGUCAAGAGCAAUGUGCUGUCGUGUGAGACGUGGGAACAAUGAACUAGCAGACCUACCCUCUGGAUUUAAGCUACAUCACCCAGACUUGGGAUGUGUGACAGAUAUGAAUGAUGUUCGUAUUGUGGAUAAAUCCCGCGCUCACAGCAUCAACUGGAACGCAGCAGACGACUCGGUAGAACUGACUGACGGGACACACGGGAAGGAAAUGAGUACAAACACAGCAUCUCGUCUCUGCAAAAGAUCAUUUUCCCAUUCAUUUGCUCAAGCAUAUCAUAGCAACGUACAACGCACGUAUCGCAAAACAAAAAAUCUGGCACAUGAUUAUCUAGCAGCCAAAAAAAUAUUUGAAUCAACCAUGUCUGGGAAUGGGUAUGGUGACUGGGUUAAAAAACCACCCGAAGUUGACCUGUUUUGUUUGGAAACCAUGCUAUUAUAUGUACGUACUUGAUAGUUGAUACCAACUGACCCUGCAGACAAGGUCGUCUUAAGAGAGGAGAAAUGACAAAAUUUGACAAUUUUUCAUCUUGUUUUUCACGUUUUGCAAUAUAA